AACUCUUAAUAACAAAUCAGAGAUCGACACGGCUUCACGCCAAGUCGCUCCUUCAACCCACAGCAACCUACGCUACUGUACAAAACACUCUAUACAAACAUCACUCCUACGGCGGCUUGAAAGACGAAGAUCGCAUUUUCACAAAUCUAUACUCAAAACAUGAUUUUAGACUAAAAGGAGCAUUAAAAAGAGGAGAUUGGUAUAAAACCAAAGAGAUAUUACUGAAAGGACAUGAAUGGAUAUUACAAGAAAUAAAAACUUCCGGAUUGAGAGGACGAGGUGGUGCAGGGUUUCCGACGGGACUGAAGUGGAGUUUUAUGAAUAAACCACCAGAUGGCAGGCCAAGAUACCUCGUCGUCAAUGCGGACGAGGGAGAACCUGGAACAUGCAAAGAUCGAGAAAUCAUGCGCGGCGACCCCCAUAAACUUGUCGAAGGAUGCUUGAUCGCAGGGCGUGCAAUGAACGCAAAUGCAGCUUAUAUAUAUGUCAGAGGCGAAUUCUAUAACGAAGCGUCCAACCUUCAAGAGGCUAUAAACGAAGCAUACGCAGCCGGUCUCAUUGGCAAGAAUGCAUGCGGUUCUGGUUAUGACUUUGAUGUCUACGUUCACCGCGGUGCUGGAGCGUAUAUUUGUGGAGAAGAAACUGCUUUGAUCGAGUCGCUCGAGGGUAAGCAGGGUAAACCACGGUUAAAGCCUCCAUUCCCUGCAGACGUCGGUCUGUUUGGAUGUCCGACUACUGUAGCGAACGUUGAAACCGUUGCAGUCGCUCCAAUUAUCUGUCGACGUGGUGGUUCAUGGUUUGCCAGUUUUGGGCGAGAAAAGAAUAGCGGCACGAAAUUGUACUGUAUAUCUGGGCAUGUGAAUUAUCCUACUACAGUCGAGGAGGAGAUGAGUAUCCCACUGAAAGAACUCAUCGAGAGACACUGUGGUGGCGUCCGCGGUGGCUGGGAUAAUCUUUUAGGCGUUAUACCUGGCGGAUCGUCGGUACCUGUUCUUCCUAAACACAUUUGUGAUGAUGUUUUAAUGGACUUUGAUGCACUUCGCGAUGUCCAGUCUGGCCUUGGUACUGCCGCAGUUAUCGUGAUGGAUAAGUCAACGGAUAUUGUUGCGGCCAUUUCUAGACUGUCAGCCUUCUAUAAACACGAAAGUUGUGGUCAAUGCACUCCAUGUCGGGAAGGAACGACAUGGUUGAUGAAUAUGAUGAAGCGUUUUGAACGGGGAUAUGCAGCGUCAAGAGAAAUCGACAUGAUUGAGGAAUUAACCAAACAAAUCGAAGGGCACACCAUUUGCGCUCUUGGUGAUGCUGCUGCUUGGCCUAUUCAAGGAUUGAUUCGUCAUUUUCGUCCCGAGCUAGAAGCACGCAUCAAGGCGUACUGGGAAACUCACCCGAAAGAAGACAUAUCCAAACUUGCAACAGCUUCACCUGGCUUAUAG